AGGGGAUGAGAUGAGAUGAUGAGAUGUUACUCCUCCUGACUGUCAACAUAUAAGACUCAGUAGUCUCAAAAUUCAGUUUCAUGACAAUCCAGUGGAUCAAAACAGGAGGAGAGGUGGUAACGGCGGCACUUACAUGAUGUCCAAAGCAAAGGCUUCACCUCUUCCUGCUGGGUGCAAUCUGGACAUCAAUGAUCCUCAGGUUCAGGAAGCUGCCAUUCGAAUUCAGGCCUCAUAUCGUGGCCACAGGUCACGAAAAGAGAUGCGAGAGAAAGGCCCUCCUAAGAUUCUACAGGAGCUCAAAGAUGUGGUUCUUGUAGAAGGCAGCGCAGCUAAGCUGGAGUGCAGAGUUAGUGCUUUCCCAGAUCCGUUCAUCACCUGGUACAAGGAUGGAAAGGAAUUAAAGGAUGGUCCCAAGUACCGUUAUGUUUUUGAAGACCCGGAUUUUGUGGCACUGGUGGUUCGAGACGGGGUACUUGCCGAUCUGGGCAAGUAUAUGGUGAACAUCAAGAACCCAUUCGGGCAAACAUCAGGAUCUGCUUGUAUUCUGGUGGAAGUCCCCGCUAAGGUUUCUAAAGGCCCAGAAAACCUAAAGACCAAGAGGGGAACAACAGUAGUGCUCAAGGCUGACAUAAGUGGGGAGCCACCUCCAGAUGUUGCCUGGCUGAAGGAUGGAGAUGACAUCGAAGAAGAUGACAGGAUAUUCUUUGAUGUCGGAGACACCAACACAAUUUUGACCAUAAAAAAUGCUAAAUUGGAAGAUGCUGGAAAGUACGAAGUAUUUGUGGAGAACAAUCUUGGGACUGACCAGUCCUUUGCUCGAGUGGACAUCCUCUGAUGAAACACACCAAGCAUGCAAUGCAAUAACACUUUGUGGUCUUAAAGUGCGGAAAGAUUGUAUUGAUCCAUUGAUCUCUUUAUUUUGAGAAAUGUACAUAAAUGCAACCUGAU